GUCAAAACACAACGCAGAGGGAGCCUGCUUCGUGCGUAGGAAAAUAUUCCGACUCGUUCGUAUGCAGGAAUCGAUUCUCCCGAUUCACCCGAAAAGAUCCGGUUGUGUUUAAAAGGUCCAGCUCGUGAAUCGCUCCUCAUCACACCUUGCUCACGGGGCUGCCGUGAGCUUUACCACCAUGUAGGCUGGUGUCGCUUUCGAAACCCUAAAGCACUCGGAGACACCAGCAGAGUCGACGCGGGAUGAGAAGAUGGCGAGGCUCCUCGGCCGCGUGCUGCUGCUAUCGGUGCGGCUCGCGGUGAAGCUCCGCGCCGCGGGCUACUGGACACUCAUCUACGGAUGCUGCGGCCUGUGCGCGGUCCUCGCGCUGCUCCGCCUCUGUUGGAACGUGCUCAUGAGGCCGACCGCGACCUUCCGGUGGACUGUGCGCGAGACCCCGCCGCCCUGCCUCAACGACACGUCCUUGGGAACGCACUGCUACGUCAGGAUCAAGGGUCACGGUGGAUCUGGAGCCUAUCCCAGGAACACAGUGAGGAGUCCGGCCUCAGAUUUCACUACGUAGCUGCGGGCGAGCGUGGCAAACCACUCAUGCUGUUUCUGCACGGAUUCCCAGAGUUCUGGUUCUCAUGGAGGCACCAGCUGAGGGAGUUUAAGAGCGAGUUCCGUGUGGUGGCUGUGGACAUGAGAGGCUACGGCGAAUCUGACCUGCCUCCCUCCACUGAGUGCUACAAGCUUGACUGUCUCGUCACUGACAUUAAGGACAUUGUGGAGUAUCUGGGAUACAACAGAUGUUUCCUGGUGGGCCAUGACUGGGGAGGCAUCAUUGCAUGGCUCUUUGCCAUUCAUUAUCCUGAGAUGGUGGUGAAGCUGGUCGUGCUGAACAGCCCUCAUCCAUGUGUGUUCGCUGAUUAUGCUCUUCGCCACCCCAGUCAGAUGCUCAAGUCCAGUUACUUCUUUUUCUUCCAGCUCCCACGCUUCCCAGAGUUUAUGCUUUCCAUCAACGACUUUAAGGCCCUGAAGAGUUUGUUCACGAGCCGGAGCACUGGGAUAGGGCUUAAGGGCCGUUGGCUGACGGCAGAAGAACUUGAGGCCUACUUGUAUGCCCUAUCCCAGCCCGGAGCCCUCACGGCUGCCCUCAACUACUACAGAAAUGUCUUCAGUUGCUUCCCUCUCAAUCAGAACGAGGUGCGCUCGCCGGUCCUGCUCCUGUGGGGUGAGAGGGAUGCAUUCCUUGAACAGGAGAUGGCCGAGGCCUGCCGCCUCUACAUCCGCAACCACUUCCGCCUGAACAUCAUUUCUGGAGCAAGUCACUGGCUACAGCAGGACCAGCCCGACAUCGUCAACACACUUAUAUGGACGUUCCUGAAAGAGGGAGAGGGACGGAAAAACUACAGGAACUGAGUCUGUAAAGGAAGGGGCCUUGUUUCACACUAUGCCUCGGCACGCACACCUUCUGAUUAUCGCAAGCAUCCUGUUUAAAUUCAGCACACAUCUUGGAUGUUAAUAAAACACAAAUGCGAAGCCUAGAGGUGAAUAAAAAGAAAAGCACAUUUUAAUAGGAGAGGUUAUAUAGAGAGUAGAGUGUCUGGUUGAUGUUUCUCAAAUUUUUUGCACAUGACAUUCGCCUUAAACUUUGUUGGUGAUGACAUUUGUGUGUGGCAAAAGUCUCCUCGUGAGUGAGUUGUAUUGUGUGGUGCCUUUUUUGACUUGAACUUGUACCAUGUUGCGACAUUAAAAAUGUGCCGUGUGUGUUGAGUUUGAGCUGUGGGAUCCCUAUGCUGUAAUCCAGACAAAUCUUUCGAGACCCCUAGAAUCGCUCGACCUCUUUCAGGUAGUGUUGUCUUAAUGAAUAAAUAUCGUUCUUCUCCUUUUUUUGUAUUUUGUAAUGACACUUGGCUCAGAUAUUUGACUAUGUGGUUAUUUUGAUCCUUCUGUAUGAUAAAAUGAACGUGAUGUUUAGAUAUUGUUCACUUUUUUUUAAAUCUCUUACUACACGCUGAAUAUAAGAACAUCACUAAACCAGCUCUGCACCAUUUUGGUUUUAUAAGCAAAUAAACUAUAGCUAAAACACUGUG